GAUUGAUUCAGCCUCAAUAUUCUUUAUGGUAUCAGAGCCUUCUCUUAGCACCAAAUUAAUUCUAAAACCCUAGGUUUCUUAUUCUGUUGUGCCUCUGCGUCAAUGGAUGAGUCUUCGUCUUCUUCCUCUUUGUCUCCUUCCUCUACUUCUCCUAUUCCCACUGGUCCUCCGUUUCUUUCUACAAUUUUUGCCCCUUCCUCUCCUGUUGUGUCUGUCACGCCGUCAAUCCCUAUUCCUCCUUUUCCUCCUACUUCUUCCUCUUUACCCACAACCCUUGCCUCUUUUGUUUUCUCUCAUCCUGUUUUCUCCAUCACCAAUAUUCGGAAUUAUUAUGUCAAGGGGUUAUCUGAUCGGCUUUUCGGAAUUGGUCAUCCAGUCUCUGAUAAAGAUUUAGUGCUUCAAACUAUUGCUAGUCUUGAUCAUUCCUUUUUAGUGGCAAAGCACACUAUUCCUCAACGUGUUCCCUUCCCUACUUUCUUGGAAUUGCGAUCGCUACUGUUGAUUAAGGAAGCUAAUAUUUUGCAGGAAUCCUCAACUAGCUCAUUGAUGAAUGGCUCUUCUAGUUCCAGUCAAUUGUUGCAACUUACUCACCCUUCUGAUCUUCAGAUUCAUUAUGCUGCUCCUUUGCAACGAGGUCGUGGUUUUGGCCGGAAUAAUUCUUUUAGGGGAGGCCAGACUAAUCAAGGUCGGGGAUCUCGCGAAAGUGGUUGUACUUCUGAUGGCCAAGUGGCUGGGUUUCAUUCUGCCAAUAGUUCUACUCAUGCCUUACCCUCAUUAUUGCCCACUUCGCCAACCCCUAUUGCUUGUCAAUGGUGUAAUCGACUGGGUCAUCAAGCACGUGAUUGCUCUUUCUUAACUGCCAGACCUGCCUCUGCUUCCUCUGCACCCCAGUCACUAUAUGCAAAUUUAGUUCCUACUCCUAUGGAUCCCAAUUGGUACUUUGACAGUGGAGCUCAAACCCAUGCUACCAACAAUCCUAGUAAAUUACUUCACUCCACUCCUUCCUCUUCCUCCAAUUUUAUUCAAGUCGGUAAUGGUCAGUUAUUGCCUGUUACUUCUCAUGGUAAUGCUUUUCUCUCUACCUCCAACUCUCAAUUUCGUCUUAAUAAUGUUUUGGUUGCUCCACAUCUUACCAAAAAUCUUGUUUCUAUUCGUCAGUUUACUCGUGAUAAUAAUUGUAGUGUUAACUUUGAUUCAUUUGGUUUUUCUAUUAAGGACAACAAGACGAAGAACGUCCUCCUUCGUUGCAAUAGUCCGGAUGGCUUGUAUUCAUUUUCUAGUGGUUCCUUCCCCAGUUAUCAUGUUGUCUAUUCUAUUUCGCAUUCUCCUGAUGUGUGGCAUUGUCGUCUUGGUCAUCCGGGCAUCACUUCUAUUCAACACCUUGCUAGACGUGGUCUUCUUCCAAUUGAAAGCGUUACUUUGCCAUCAUGUUUAUGUCAUGCAUGUCAGCUUGGGAAACAUCCUCGGGUUCUGCCAUCCUUGCUUGCUACCGGAGCUGACAUCAGGGAACCAAAAACCUUUAAAGAAGCCUGUCAAUUCUCUGAAUGGCGUUCUGCAAUGGUGGAUGAGUUCUCGGCUUUGCUAAAGAAUAACACUUGGUCUCUUGUGCCUCGUCCUUCAACUGUCAAUGUGGUUGGCUCCAAGUGGGUUUAUCGUAUAAAACAAAAGGAUGAUGGUUCUAUUGAGCGCUUCAAAGCUCGCCUCGUUGCUCAAGGGUUUACACAACAACAAGGUAUUGAUUAUGAUGAUACUUUCAGUCUUGUGGUCAAGCCUGUUACCAUUCAAACUGUUUUGGCAUUAGCUGUGAUGUAUUCUUGGCCUAUUCAUCAACUUGAUGUGAACAAUGCCUUUCUUCAUGGGCGGCUUUUUGAGGUUGUAUAUAUGUCUCAGCCUUCGGGGUUUAUUGAUCCACAAUAUCCUAGUUAUGUUUGUCGGUUGAAUCGUGCUCUUUAUGGCUUGAAGCAGGCGCCUCAUGCUUGGUUUCAAAGGUUUGCAUCUUUUCUGUUUACUCGAGGUUUUUCUCAAGCUCGCUCCGACAGUUCUAUGUUUCUUUAUCAUUCUAAUGGUGCUAUGGCUAUUCUUUUACUUUAUGUGGAUGAUAUUGUGCUCACGGCUUCCACUAUAGUGCUGCUUCAUGACAUUAUUUCUUUGUUGAAACGUGAGUUCUUGAUGAUUGAUUUGGGGCAGCUUAAUUAUGUUUUGGGUAUCAGUGUUAGUUUCAAUUUCGAUGGAUUAUUUCUUUCUCAGUCGAAGUAUACUCAUGAGCUACUUGAAAGAAGUGGCAUGCUUGAUUGUAAGCCAGUGGUAACACCUAUGGAACCUAAGGCCAAAUUGUUUUCUACUGAUGGUCCAACUUACUCUGAUUCGGCAUUCUAUCGUAGUAUUGUGGGUGCCCUACAGUAUUUAACAUUUACACGCCCAGAUAUUGCUUUUGUUGUUGGCCAGGUUUGUCAGCAUAUGCAUGCUCCUACUCACAAUCACUUCACUGCUGUCAAACGGAUAUUAUGCUAUUUGAAAGGUACUCUGAAUUAUGGUCUUCAAUUAUUUCGUAAUUCCUCUCUUUCUCUACAUAUGUUUACGGAUGCAAAUUGGGCUGGGUGUGUUGAUACUAGAAGAUUUAUUUCUGGUUAUUGUUUGUUUCUUGGUAAUUCUUUGAUUUCUUGGUCUUCCAAGAAGCAAAACACUGUCGCUCGGUCCAGUGCUGAAGCUGAAUAUCGUGCUAUAGCCAAUGCUGUUGCUGAGGUUCUUUGGGUUCGUCAACUGCUUUCUGAGCUACAUGUUUUCCUUCAUUCUCCUCCUAUGGUUUAUUGUGAUAAUAUCAGUUCCAUUUACAUGUCUCUCAAUCCAGUUCAACAUCAACGGACGAAGCAUAUUGAGAUUGAUAUUCACUUUGUUAGAGAGCGUGUUGCUUCUGGUAUUAUUUGCAUUCAGUAUGUUCCUUCUUCUACCCAACGUGCUGAUGUCCUCACCAAGGCUCUCUCUUUUGCUCUUUUCCGAUCUCGAAGGUCCAAUUUGAGCGUUCUUUGCUCUCCCGCUCAAAUUGUGGGGGGAUGAUAAUGUAUAUCAUAAUACACGUGUAUAUCAUAUAGGGUUAGAAGUGUAAAUAUACUUCUAUACAUCUUGUAUAUAUACCCUGAUUAUAACCUAAUAAAGAUUGAUUCAGCCU